CCACAUCAUCAUGCGCUCGAUAUGUUGUACUCCCCAUCGUCGGCUGCCGCGGCAGCAGCAGCAGCCCGACAACAAUUACUUUUACAGCAACAGCAUAAUGCUUUGCAGCAAUUCCAUCAGCAUCAACAACAGAUUUUGCAACAGCAGCAACAACAACAUGAGAAAUCAUCCAGCUCAAAUAAAUCGUCGGCGGGAGGCUCGUCUUCCUCCUCCAGCAAAACGACACAAAGACUUUCGGCAGCCCAACAAUUGGCUGCCGCAGCUGCUGCGGAAAGUGCAGCGGCCUAUUACUCGGCUGCGGCAGCAGCUGCCACCAUGUUAAGUCCACCCCUGAGUGCUACGGCCACCCCCGCCUCUAGCUUGAGUGCGGUGAAUCCCUUUGCCAAUCCUUUUGAUUGGUUGGGUGCAGCUGCAGCAUCCUCAUCAGCUGUUAAUGGAUCUUCCACAAGCGGACAAAAACGUUCCUCAUCAUCAUCAUCCCGAACAGUAUCAUCUUUGUCGUCAUCCUCCUCAGAGGCUAAUCGCCAUAAUUCAUCACAAAAUAACGCCAAUAACUCCAGCACACCUGCAACAGCAUCCGAAUUCCUAAAUAUGUUUACGGCAGCCGCUCAUCACUCUGCCGCCACGCCGGGAGAUAUUACACCUGCAUCCAGCCAUCCGAGGUCUUCAUCAAAUGCCUCGGCCUCAUCAUUGGCCUCGACAUCAUCCAAUGCAGCAGCAGCAGGUGGUGGCAAGUCGUCAAAUUUUUCGGUGGCCUCAUUGACAGCCUCCACAUCAUCAUCAUCCAACAACAAUGGUGGCGCCAGUAACAAUACCACAAAUUCCACAACGUCUGCAGCAGCGGCGGCAGCUGUCUCAAAUUCUUCUGCCGCCUUGGCUGCCCUAUUCGGUGUGGCAGCACCUUUCUCCGCCCCGGCCUUAGUUAAUCCCUAUCAGGCACAUUUGGCACCUGGUGUGGCUGCAGCCGCUGCCGGAGCCCAUGGUUUGCCAUCGCCCACAAUUUAUCCACCCACACCACCACCUUCGGCACCAUGGAUACAUCCCUGGUAUGCUGGUGAUACUUUUUAAAUGUAAGGUAUAACAACAUAUUUA